CCAGCAGCCUGUUCACCAGCAACCUGUUCACCAGCAACCUGUUCACCAGCAUCCUGUUCACCAGCAUCCUGUCGACUGGUUCUCUCACAGAACUCCUCCACUGAUCAGCCUCAGUCACAACCUGCAGCCUUUUCUUUAUUCAAGCUCCUGAGAACCUGGUUCCAGCAGCAGCAUCUCACAGGUCACCUUCUUCCACAUUUGAGCGGUUUUAAACCUUAGGUCAGAGAAAAUGGCAUCAAUUCCAUCAACUGGUUCUCUCAUCGCCACCCACGACUACUACAGAAGACGAAUCGGCUCCACCUCCAGCAACAGCUCCUGUGGCAGCGCCGAGCACACGGGUGAGGUCAUUCCACACCACCCAGGACUUCCAAGACAAGACUCCGGUAGCUGGUGGACUUCGUUUUUCUUCGCAAAGCAGAACCAGCCCGGCAUGCAGAACGGAUCCGAGAGUCAAAAGAACAAAUCCUACACAGUGGCCGACGGUCAGGUGACCUGCCUCGCCCGGGAAAUGAUUCUGAAAAGACAACUCAGCGAAAGCAGCGAAAACGGAAAGACAACGACUCCACCUUCCUCCUAGUCCACCUUACCGCCCUGUGACCUCCGACCCCUCAGUCCCUUCACCCUCAGCUCCCUCACCCUCAGCUCCUUCACUCUCAGCACCUUCAACCUCAGCUCCUUCACCCUCAGCUCCUUCAACCUCAGCUCCUUAACCCUCAGCUCCUUCACCCUCAGCUCCUUCACCCAAAGUCCCUUCACCCUUAAAUCCUUCACCCUCAGCUCCUUAACCCUCAGCUCCUUCACCCUCAGCCCCUUCACCCUCAGCACCUUCACCCUCAGCUCCUUCACCCUCAGCUCCUUCACCCUCAGCUCCUUCACUCUCAGCUCCUUAACCCUCAGCUCCUUCACCCAAAGUCCCUUCACCCUCAGCACCUUCACCCUCAGCGUCCCAUCACAUAGUCCAGCGCUGGAUAUGAUGCUGGAGAUGAUGCUGGAUAUGAUGCUGGAGAUGAUGGGGGUGGUUUUUUAUCUAUUAAAUAGAACUAACUUUUGCUUUUUGCAUCCCUAUAGUAUGUCUAUGUUUUAAUACGACCAAAAAAUAAAACAAAGUGUGUAAAAAGUCUGUUUUUCAUGUUGUUUCUCUUGUAACUUGACACUGUUGAUAAUGACAAAUAAAAUGCUCAAAGUCAA